AUGACUGGAAAUAAUGUUACUCACUUGUGUUGGCCUACAUACAUAACUGAAGGCAAAGUGAUAGUUCUACGGGAUUAUGAUGAAGAACCUUUCUUUGUUGAACACGAAAAUGAAGACAGAGAACCAAAAGCCUAUAGUGUUUUCAGUCCAGACUCUAAACACAGGGCGAAUCGACCUAAACCGAGACACGCGGUACUACAUUACGGCAGACAUAUUUAUCAUUUAGACAGCUUUAAAGAUCUCACAAAACUAAGAUCCAAACUCGACAAAAUAAAUACUGAUUACAUCUCUAAAGGUUAUAUAGAUUUAAUUAACGAGCUUAUAAAAUCUAGUUAUGAAAGAGAAACAGGAACGCAACAAAGUUCUGGACCAGAACUGUAUAUACUGUCAAAAAGACCAAUAAGUUUUGAAUGCAACGGUAAAAACUGCGAAGAUGGCUAUAGAAAGUCAAGCAGACAGCCAAAUGAGGACGAUUUAGCUUGGCAUCACAAAAAAAUGCCUCUAGGUUACCACAAAAGAUUCAAAAUCGUUGACAAUGACAGCAAUUUUAAGCGGCAGAAGAAAAAGAUUUAUAAAUCAUCGGAAGAGUCAAGGGAGACAAAGAAAAAGAAGUAUUCCUCUGAUUCCAGUUCUUCUGAAAGUAAAGAGAGUAAGGAAUCGAAUGAGAGUGGAGAGCAUAGCGAUAGUAACGAUUCAAAAGAGAGUGGGGAAGAAAAAAGCAGUGAAGAAUCGAAAGAAAGCAACGAAAGCAAACUAAAGAGCAGCGAAAGCAAUGAAAAAAGCAGCGAAAGCUAUGAACACAAAAAAAAGAAGAAGAGAAACCAAGAUUCAAGCUCAAGAAGUUCAGAAGAAAGGUACACAACAAAACGACCGAAAAAAUACGGCUCGCAAUCAAACAGUGACGAGCGAUGGAAAAAAGACGAUUCGUCUUCUAAAAGCUAUGAAGAUUUCACGAAAAGAAAUGACGAUUCGGCAGAAGAUAAACGCAAAACAUUUGAUAACGAUGUUAUUAUACAAGGCAAUAAGAUUUAUCAUUCGAAAAAUGAUAAGCCGAAGAGGCACGGAAAACAUGAGAAGGACACACGAAGGAGGCUACAGCACUUUAUGCCAAAAAGGUUCCAUUGGAAAGCUUCGGAAAUACAUGAUUUGGGUUACUAUUGGUUUAAUGGGCCAAAGGGACGGUAUCCGGCGCCACAGCCGUUGAAUUAA